CUUGCUUCUAUCCGCCCAUUGUAUUUUCGCGAGAGGUUCUAACCUGUCGGAAGACGUGCUUAUGUUUGGGUAAGUGAUCACAAGGUGUUCGAUAUAAUACCUGAGAGAGUUUCCACAGGUUUGAGUGAGUUGGGUUUUCGAGGAUGAAGACGAUGAUAUUGGAUGUUUGCAAUGAAAUCAUAAAGAUCCAGAAGCUAAGACGGGUUGUCUCUUACGCUGGAUUCUACUGCUUCACUGCCGCCCUCACAUUCUUCUACACAAACAACACAACAAGAGCAGGAUUCUCGAGGGGAGACCAGUUCUAUGCAUCUUACCCUGCCGGCACUGAACUUCUGACCGACACAGCUAAGCUGUACAAAGCGGCGCUUGGGAAUUGCUAUGAAUCGGAGGAUUGGGGUCCUGUCGAGUUCUGCAUAAUGGCUAAGCAUUUUGAACGCCAGGGAAAGUCUCCAUACGUUUACCACUCUCAAUACAUGGCGCACCUUCUUUCUCAAGGUCAACUGGAUGGAAGUGGUUAGAGGCAUCGAUGAUUUAUGAGGCAACUCCUUUUUUUCAGCUGUGUACCUAAUCUUGUUAUUGCAAAGUCGAGCUCGGGUAUCUGGAACUUUGUUCGUUACUCUUUUUCCCCAUUUAUACGGCGUUCUUGGUUGAGAUUACCACCAAGAAAUAUAAGAACAUGUUCUGGAGUAUACAGUAUGAAUGUAAUAAACACAUAAGAUCAGAUCUUGA